AUGCCUGCGCCUCCCGCAGAAGUCAUCGAUCUCUCUGAGCUCUCUGACGACGAGAAUCCACCGCGUCAAGGCGAGCGUCGAGGACAGCCGCUACGUAGCCACGGGCAUUCGCAAGAGCCGCGCAACCCGAUGACCACAACGCGGCCGUCGGAUGCCCGUCCCCCAGCAUUCGAACCGGCCACAUCGCCUGAACAAAGUGUCCUCUCAAGUAAGCAACGCGACAAAUACGUGCUGGCCAUCCUCGAGAUCGCACGCUUGCGACAGAAAUGUAACGAAUUCGAAAAGGCGCUUCAAAAGGUGCAUGUGGAGAAGGACAGGCUUUGCGAGGAGCGUAAAUCGUUUCAGGAUGAGAAUCAGAGACUUCGGCGCGAAGCUGGGGAGGCCAGCACUUGGAAGACUUGUUAG